CGACAGUGGUCAGCUGGAGCCAUAUGUAGAAUGUUCCUCGUGCGAGCGGAGCACUAAACAAUCAGUCAGUCAGUGUUCAGAGCCAGAGAGUUGCCGAUCGUGUGUGUAUUUUGUGCGUGUUGCGUUUCGAUUUUUGUUUUGCGGCGAUCGAUCGUUCGAAAGCGAUUGGCGAGACCAAGAAAAGGGAAAAACAUAUCGCAGAGACUGUUGCAAUCAGUUUUUUUGGAGAGAUCCGUCCGGGUGACAGCCGAAAUUUGAAGGACGCAGAUUGACCAUAGGGAGCGGAAAGUUGACGCAACCGGUGACGGGAUCGUUUGCAAUUUUGAAGAAAAAAGAAGUUUUUGUGGAUAUCGAUUACGAUUGUCGAGUGUUGGCGACACGCAGAUCGGCGGAAAUCGACAAGUGAUUUGUUUUUGUUCUUGGAUACCGAUGAAAACAUCUGUGAGAAGAGUAGUCUUGUGAGACUAAUGCGAGAGACAAAAUACAGUUUAGGAGGUGUAGAGUUCAGUGAUAUUCAAAAACAAAAAUCAUAUUGAAAUAUUCGUUCCAUCGAAGAGCAAUCAAAGUCUAUCAAAGCAAUCGGAGCAUCGAACACAACCUGUUGGAUCACCAUAGCAACGAAAGUUCAACUGUCUGCCUACUGCGAGAUUUACGAUUCACUUUUCAGAAGCUGAAAUGAAAAGUAAUUGUACCGGUAAAAAACUAAGAGACGAAAACGACACCAGCAAACAUCUCUGAUUAAAUAAGACAUCGCCGCAGAGGGAUUCCAAUCUGAAAACGCAGAAGAGCAACCAAAUCUAAAGAUAAAAAUAAUCUCGAAAAGGGGAUCAAAACAUUAGAAAAGAUCCCAAAAAAAGAAGCAGCUACUCUGCGGCCGAAGAUCGACAUCAGCGACGGCGGCGACGUGAUUUUUCAACGAGCCAGCGGAGGUGUGUAGGAGGACAAGGUGCGUGAUUGGCGCGGCUGUUGCAGGGAAGGCGAACAACCGUCGUGGGUAUCAUCGUGAGCGGCCGGCUGAGGGAAAAACUGUUGCUGCGGUAGCUGUCAGCGACGAGAAGAAGUGUGUACCGUCCAACGCAACAAACCAGGAGCGACUGUGUGUUCAUCCAUCUGUCAAAACAAACGGAGAGUGAGUGUCCCCCCGUCCAGUCCCGAAAUAAGCAUUCUUCAGUUCAUUCGGGGUCGCGGAUUUUUACGGGUGCGAUUUUUCCUCCUCGAGGAAAACAGUCGGUUCUUGUGGUGCGCGAAAUAGGAAAAAACAGUGACAGACACGGCCCCUUCCCAGAAAACUACGGUGCGGUAGGAACGAACCAACUCGCGAGUGGAACCGGAGGUUUACGACCGCCGGAAACGUCCGAAAGAAUACUCCUGCGCGUGUGAACGUUCUUCUUGGUUGGAAAAGUGUGAAAAACCGGGUAGUGACGUGGGAAAACGAAGCAAUUCGUGUGCUAGAACUUACGGAAAGCCGCGAGCGUGAAUCUUCCUUUGGUGCCAGUUCCCAGAAAAGCCGCAAAAAUUUGGGAAAUAAUGGAUCCCAAUGCAGCGCGUGACUCGCGCUACAAUCUGAACUACAGUAUGAGCAUGAUGAGCGAGACGCCGGAAAUCUACGGAAAUCCGAAUGUUUCGCUGGCCCGGCCCCCUAGCGGGGGCCUCGUGGGCCAAGUCAUGUCUCGCGGGGGUGGUCUUAUGAGUGCCGGGAACGGACCACAGUGCGGUGCCGGUGGUGGCGGUGGCGGCGGAGGUGGAGGCGGCGGUGGCAGCCUGAGCCGCGGUAUCAAACGAGCCAACUCGGACUGCUACGACGAUGGCCGGCAGAUGGUCGGUUCGCAGGGUCUGACCGGCCUCGAGGGGUGCAACGUUGGCUCGGAUGUUGUGGACGAAAGCUACACCUCGCUGCAGCCGAAGAAGUCACCACCGAGCAACGGGAAGAAAACGAAGGGCCGUGUCAAGAUUAAGAUGGAAUAUAUCGAUAAUAAGUUGCGACGGUACACGACCUUCUCGAAGCGCAAAACUGGGAUCAUGAAAAAGGCCUAUGAACUUUCCACCCUGACAGGCACGCAAGUGAUGCUGCUGGUGGCCUCCGAGACUGGUCACGUGUACACGUUCGCGACGCGCAAGCUGCAACCGAUGAUCACGUCGGAAGCGGGCAAAGCGCUCAUCCAGACCUGCCUGAACUCGCCGGAUCCCCCGACGGGGUCCAGCGGCGAUCAGCGGAUGUCUGCCACCGGGUUCGAGGAAACCGAACUCAGCUACAACAUCGGCGACGAAGAUUCGAAAUUAAGUUUUUGUGCUUUGGAGUGUAAUGUUUUCGUUGUAGCUUUUGUUUGCGUACCGGAAUGCAGUUGUUAUUUAUUUCAAAUUUUAUUCUCCUCUUAACAAAAUCAUGAAAAUCGAACCAGAAAACUCUGAUAUUAUAAUUAUAUCGUACGAUUUCAUCCCAUUUCCCAGUGUGCUAUAAUAGUUAGAUGAAUCGAAGAUUUACACCCUCCCACAGUAAGUCCUAGGUAGGUUAGGUUAGACAAUCUAUAGAAAUUGUUUUCAUUUUAGUUGUAGAGACUCAUUUGUUGAUAAGUGUGUCGAAAUCAAAGAAUCUAGUUUGUUCGCGAUCACCAGAUUUCAUCCUCGUCCCUUCCCUCGAAUCAAACUGUAUGUGAGUGAGCGCACGAGCAAUGUGAAACGAGUGUGCCGUAUUAGUCCUAUAAGAGUAGAAGAAACCUUCAACCAGGUUCAGUUUUAUUCAGUAGAAGUAAUUCAUAGAUCAUUAGCUCGUAAGUAGUCUGUCCAAGAGAUGUCUAGUAACUGUUGUUUAUUUCGUGUUAAUGUUUAAUUUAUUAACAUUCCAAGAUGAUUCAGUAUUUUCCUUGUAAAUAUAAUAGAAAAGCGAAGCAAUCGAGAACUUAUUCUAGUUAGUAACGAAUUAAUCUACUAGUGUUAAAAUUUGACAAAACUCUUUUAAAGAAAAAUAUAUGACGAUUUUCCCAGUAAGAAGUACACCACCCGUUAACGAAAAAUAAGUUCAAGUGGUAGUUAAAAUUAACUUAUUCUCUCUAAUUAAACUGUAACAAAUUCUAAAAAAAUAUAUAAAGUUAAAAUGACAAAGUCAGUGUACUCAAUCCAAGUGUUAGAUUAGGAAACGAUGGUCGAUGUAUAUUUCGAUGAUCUGUGCAGUAUUCCAUGUGAGAAAAUAAAAACACUCAAUCAAUCAGACGUUGGUAAUAAAUGUUGACGAAGUUUGCAACUGAAUAA